AGUCAAAUUGUUUUCUUCCUUGCGAUUGCGACUCGUGGAAGUGAAGAUUCAUUGUCCGCAUAAAAACAAAAAGAUUUUGUUCCCCAAUACGAUAAUAUUUUGUGAUGUGAUAAUAUUUAAGCCUAGGAUUUGCAGACAUGAGACUAAGAACAUUUGAUGUAGCUGCGCUAAUCCUAAACCUCGUACAUUUCGCUUACACUGAGCACAUCCUGUCCUGCAAUGUGACCUCUAUAGAUCCAUGCCCUGGGGACAAUCAGCAGUGCAAUCAGGUUACAGGGCGCUGUGAGUGUGUAAAGGGGUUUACCAUGACAGACGAGGAUUGCAAACCUGAAAGUGCCUCUCCGCCGAGCCAUGCCACGGCGGCAGCUCUCGUGACACUGUUCACGUUAGCACUGAUAGCAGGAGGCCUUGUAUUAGUCAUAAGAAAGUACAACUUAGUAGACUAUGUGCGGCAAAAGAUCAACCAGAGAAGAAACAACCAUGUCAUGUAUGAAGAUGUGAUGAUUGGGCAAGAUGACCCGCCCCUGAGCCCGUGAAGAUGCCUUCAUAGUUAACAAAUGUCCUGUUUUGUAGUUGUACACAAAUUGUAUUGUUUACACAUACAAUAAUUAAGGUAUUUGUAGUGAGAUAAAAUUUCAUUAUUUAUUAUUAUGGUAGCUACUGUGAGAUGUAAAUAUUGUCAUUAAUUUAAGUUUGGUUUAUAGUUACAACUCGAAACAGGGGAACAACUGAGUAUUUUGUAUUUAUUCCUGUAGGUAGUAUAAUUGUUGUAUAUUAUAUCUAAGUUCAAGUCAAAUGGUUAAUAUAGACAUAAUUUUGUA